UUAAUACACAUUUAUAAACCUUAAGAUAUAAUAUCCAAAGGCAAUGAAAUUAUAUUCUGUUUUCUUUCUUUUAAGCAUUGCCCAACUUUGUUUAGGGCAUGGUUAUCUACAAAAUCCUCCAGCUCGGAAUUCCAUGUGGAGAUUUGGGUUUCAAACCCCAGUAAAUUACAAUGACAACGAGCUAUUUUGCGGAGGUGCUACAGUUAUGAACAUAGAUAAUGGCGGACGGUGUGGAGUUUGUGGAGAUCCUUGGCACGUAAAAGAUCAGCCACAUAUGGACGGCGGAAGCUAUGCAACGGGUACAAUAUCAAAAGUUUACAAAAGCGGACAAAUCAUUGACAUAGAGGUCUUGCUGACAAUGAGCCAUAAGGGAUACUUUGAGUUUCGAGUCGGUGACUUUACAAAUACUCAAGUCUCAGGAGAUUCAAUUGGAAAAUUAAAGGGUACACUUUUGAAAUUACAAUCUGGAGGAACGCAGUUUACUGUAACAGAACCUGGAAAAUACUUGUAUAAAAUCAAAGCCCAUCUACCUUCAGGUUUAAAAUGCAAAAGAUGUGUCCUGCAGUGGUGGUACAAAGGUGGAAAUAACUGGGGAUGUGACAAAGGAAAUUGUGGUAUGGGAUUAGGUCCUCAAGAACAUUUCGUUAAUUGUGCAGAUAUAAAAAUCGAAGCAUAAUCAAAAAAACUUUUGUUAUUUUAAAACCAAUUCACAAACAAUUUUUAGUUCAAUUUAUGUAAUUUUUUUUUUAAUAACAAAAUUUAGUUUAACGAAAAGUUACCUCAUAAAGUUCAA